GGUGAGGCCUUGAGCUACGACCCCGGCAGCGAGUAGAUUUGGCGCCAAAAGCCAGGUCUCUCGCGGUGGGAGUUUACAGUCUCGCGAGAUCUACACUGAGCGCGGAUGUGUGGCCGUCGCUGUGCUUGUGAGGUGCGAGCGGGAGAGGCUGCGGUGGCACAGUGCGGAGACGGGAAGCCGGGACUCCUCAGGCGGGGCAGGGGGCUGCAGGGCGGGACCUCGGUGGCCGGACGGAGCGCAGGAAAAGAUGAUAGAACCACAAGAGAAUGGCUUGAUUGACUUACCAGAUUAUGAACACAUAGAAGAUGAAACUUUCCCUCCAUUUCCACCUCCAGCCUCUCUGCAGAGAGAUGGUGAAGAAGUUGAACCAGAUGAAGAGUCAGGGAGCAGAGAACCUGUUCCUGUCCCUCCAAAGAGAACGGUUAAAAGGAACAUCCCCAGGUUGGACGCUCAGAGAUUAAUUUCGGAGAGGGGCCUUCCAGCCUUAAGGCAUGUGUUUGACAAGACAAAAUUCAAAGGUAAAGGUCAUGAGGCAGAGGACUUGAAGACACUCAUCAGGCACAUGGAGCACUGGGCACAUAGACUAUUCCCCAAACUGCGAUUUGAGGAUUUUAUUGACAGAGUUGAGUACUUGGGAAAUAAAAAGGAAGUUCAGACUUGUUUAAAAAGAAUUCGACUUGAUCUCCCUAUUUUACAUGAAGAUUUUGUUAGCAAUAGUGAUGAAGUAGGGGAAAAUAAUGGCCUUUCGGUAACAGCUACUGAACUUGACCCCUUCCUGACAAACUCAGCGGGGGGCGAGAAGCUUGCUUCUGAGGUGAGGAGCAGCCUCACGGAGGAGCAGCAGCAGAGAAUCGAAAGGAACAAGCAGCUGGCCCUGGGAAGAAGGCAGGCGAAGCUGCUAAGCAACAGUCAGGCCCCAGAAAACGACACGUCCAUGGACACACAUGGCACACAGGCGGUUGAGGUUCAUGCCGGAGAGGAGCAGGAGGAGGUGAACAGAGACAUUGUCCACACUCCAUGUUGUGAUGCUUCUCCUAGUGCUGCAGGUGAAGAGGAAGUGAAAUUAGAGCAAACACAAUUGGACCAGUCCUAAAACGUACAACUCCAAUCUGGGCAUGGCAUGGUGGUGCAUAUCUGUAACCCCAGCACUCUAGAGGCUGAGGCAGGAUUGCUGCAAGUUUCAGGCCAGCCUGAACUUCGUGGCAAACAAGACCCUGUCUCAAAACACCAAAAAGAAACAGCAAAAUGUCCAACUCCAGGCUGCACAGUUACUGAGGUUAGCGAGACCUCCACCAAGAAAAUGUUAGGUUAACUCAACAUUCUGUACAUUUGCCAUGUGUAUUUUAUGUGAAAAUUCUUAGGUAGUAAAUAUAUGCAAAAUCCUGCUUAAAAUCUGGAAUUUAUGUCUGUCCUUUAUUAACUUAGUUCAGCCUAUUUAUUAUCUUGAGUACUGUUUUUAUAUAGCUGUGACCUCAUAAAUGAUUAAUAGUUAAUAAGUUGCUGCUGCUGCUGUUUACUGAACGCCCAUGCUGACUAAAUGGGGUCAUGUUGAAGAUGUUAAUAUGUUCCAGCCAUGAAUGUCAUUUCAAAAAGAAGUAAAAAUGAUGAUUUUUAAAACUGUAGGAGCUUUAUGAAAGUCUUCACUUUCUGCAAGUUACGCUUUUGUUAAAGCAUUUGACUUUGCGUGUGUUUCAAGCAGUUACUAAUCCACAGGGGCUGAGCGGACUGGCCAUUGCUGGUGUCCCGGGACCCCACAGACAGCUGGGGGAACCAGCAGUGUCCCGAGAGACACAGGAGAAGUUGAGGGAAGUGGGGAGGAGAUGCCAAGUCUUGGGAUGAGUGGGCACAGUGAUGGACAUGAAUACAGAUUUAGGUGACAGCUUGUGGGUGGCGACUGCGAAGCUGCAGGGGUCAGGCCAGAUGCCGAGGGGCCUGGGCGCAGUUCUUCCUGCCCCUUCGUCAGCAGGUGAAGGGCGCUGACAGGAAGUUGAUAAGAGGCUCUCGUCCUUGUUCCAUGGAGGGGCAGGGAAACUGGGUUUUACUGUGGAGGAGACUGGGAAGGCGCCUUUUGGGAGAGACUAGGGAUGGGAAAGCAAAGCCCGCGUGUCUUCCUUAUGGAGCGGGUGGAGAAGGGCACAACAAUGAGUAGCUUCUAUCUAGAGCUGGGAUGGCAGCCGACAUAUGCUCUUCCAGCUUGUUGACUUGGGGCAGGGACAGAGUGACAGAGAUGGAUUAUGUUGAAAAGCCAAAAAGUGGAACACAAGGAGAGCACACAGGCUUGCAGGGAGCUGCCCCGUGAUGGGCGAGGAGGCACAAAUGUGCAUCCAAAACAUUGGGGCUUAUUGCUGCCGUGGAGGAAGCAGCUAGAAGACAACCUGGUCUCAGAGUGCCACUAUGCAGGGUGUAGGGGUACAAACCUGUGAUCCCAUCCCUCAGGAGGGGGAGGCAGGAAGGUAGGGCUGCAAGUUUCUCAGGGGGCCUCUGUCCACUUUCGGCCUGGGAGCAUUCUUUUUCCAUGCUUGGUUUGCUUGCAGAAUGCCAAGCUCCCAGCAGGGGGAGGCCAGUCCCCCUACCUAAGGGGCACUCAACAGAGCAGGAGGGCCCCAGGGGGUUGCAGACAAGACUUCCUGUGCAUCCCACCUUGGGCUCUGUGCCCUGUCCCCAGCUGGUGUCAGCACAACAGGGAAAGUGUGUGUCAACUGGAAACAGGCAUUUUAAAGUGGGUAGGUGGACAGGACCAAGUCUUAAAAGAUAUCUAAAUAGGGCCAGGGAUUUAGAUCAGUGGUACACUGCCUGCCUCACAAGCGCAAGGACCUGAGUUCAAUCCCCAGUACCAAAGGGGAAAAAAAAAAACCAUCUGAAUAGAGGGGCCUCAGACCCAAACGGCCCAAUGUAGGACGUUUCUUUUGGCAGUGCAGGGGAUCAAACCCAGAGCCUCAUGCAUGCAAGUACUCUGCCCAAGCUGCAUCCCCAGCCAUACAACUUACUUUGAGAAAACUGAGACCAGACAACUAAAAAUUCUGGG